CGCCAUGGCCACCAGCACCACGGGCUCCACGCUGCUGCAGCCGCUCAGCAACGCCGUGCGCCUGCCCGUCGACCAGGUCAACUUUGUAGUGUGCCAACUGUUUGCCUUGCUUGCGGCUGUUUGGUUUCGAACGUACCUGCACUCGAGCAAAACCAGCCCCUUUAUUAGACAUGUUGUUGCAACGCUCUUGGGCCUUUACCUUGCCCUUUUUUGUUUUGGAUGGUAUGCCUUACAUUUUGUUAUACAAAGUGGAAUUUCCUACUAUAUCAUGAUCGUAAUAGGAGUCGAAAAUAUGCACAAGUAUUGCUUCGUUUUUGCUUUGGGAUACCUCACUGUGUGCCAAAUUACUAGAGUCUAUAUCUUUGAUUAUGGACAGUAUUCUGCUGAUUUUUCUGGUCCAAUGAUGAUCAUUACACAGAAGAUCACUAGUUUGGCAUUUGAGAUUCAUGAUGGAAUGUUUCGAAAAAAUGAAGAUUUGACUCCAUCACAGAGGUGCUUGGCUGUAAGGCGCAUGCCAAGUCUCCUGGAGUAUUUAAGUUACAACUGUAAUUUCAUGGGUAUCCUGGCAGGCCCGUUAUGCUCUUACAAAGACUAUAUUACUUUCAUUGAAGGAAGAUCAUACCAACUGCAACAGUCUGAAGCAAAUGGGAAGGAAGAUACAAAAUACGAACAAACAGAUCCCUCUCCAAAUAUAGCUGUGGCACAGAAACUCUUAAUCUGUGGACUGUCCUUAUUAUUUCACAUGACCAUUACAAAAACUUUGCCUGUGGAAUACAACAUUGACGAUAACUUCCGAGCUACAGCGUCAUGGCCUGUAAGGGUUUUCUACCUAUAUUUGUCUCUUAUGGCUGCCAGACCCAAAUAUUAUUUUGCAUGGACGUUAGCAGAUGCAAUCAAUAAUGCCGCAGGGUUUGGCUUUAGAGGUUACGAUAAAAGUGGAGCAACCCGUUGGGACCUAGUAUCAAACCUGAGAAUCCAGCAAAUAGAGUUUUCCACAAGUUUCAAGAUGUUUCUUGAUAACUGGAAUAUUCAAACAGCUCUUUGGCUUAAAAGAGUCUGCUAUGAGCGAGCCACCUUCAGCCCAACCAUCCAAACCUUCAUCCUUUCUGCCAUCUGGCAUGGGGUGUACCCCGGAUAUUAUAUAACAUUUUUAACAGGAAUAUUAAUGACACUAGCAGCACGAGCUAUAAGAAACAAUAUCAGACACUACUUUGUUGAAUCUCCUACAGUCAAACUAUGUUAUGAUAUUGUAACGUGGAUGGCAACUCAAGUAGCAAUAAGUUACACAGUUGUGCCAUUUGUACUGCUCUCUGUAAAACCCUCUUUCACCUUUUACAGCUCCUGUUAUUUCUGUCUUCAUAUUGCCAGCAUUCUGGUGGUGUUGAUAUUUCCAUUGAAAAGAACUCAAAAAGGAAAUAAAAAGCAUGAAAACAUCCAGCCUGUGCGGUCCAAAACACUAGAAGAAGAAGAUGUUUUGCAAAAGAACAGUUAUUCCACAACAAAUAAUAGUUUCAAUCAGAAACAAGAAAUCACCUGCAGAUAUCAAGCACUAAAACAGUGAUUGAGAAAUACUAUGAUGAAUAUAUUUUGUAUGUUUUCAGAAACCCAUUUUUAGCACCUUUUAAAGGGGUUUGUAUUUGUUUGCAAAGAUAUUUAGUAAGAAAAGGAUGCAUUACCUAGGAAAAUCACAUACAAUAGCAAGACUGGAAACAGAGCAAAUUAACCCCUCCCAUGCCAUGUCCCUGUGGGUCACGCCUUAUCUGAAGAUCUUACCAUUAUUUCAAUGGGCGCUCAGGACUUGCAACGUAUGUCCAUAGGGUCCUAUGUGUGCCCUUUGCUGAAUGUACGUUGUGUAUCCCAAGGCACUGAUGGAGUGGGGAAAAAAUUGUGUCAGUCUAGGAUUAACAAAUGGAAAAUGUGUUUUUCCAGAUGAAUGACUUGCCUUAAACCCUCUAUUUACUGAAAUAUUGUUUCUAAGUGGUAUCUUCCAGUUUGGUUUUAAUGUGGAAUGCAUAGAUUAUACCAAGUGUUGUAAAGGAGACAAAAAUACGAUAUGGAAAGUCACUAGAAGAUUUUGGAAUCUUUGGAAGGGAAUUGCAAUAAGCAUCUCAGUAUUUGGAGGGUUUUCUUAAAGUAUUUCUAACUGUUGCAGUACACUACAGAACUGUAAAUGUUACCAAUGCCAAAUUGUGUAGGUUUCGUGGGUAAAGAGUCUAAUUACAGAGUCCUUUUGAAUGGAUUAGAAAACAAAACCCGAAGGCUCCCCUUUCCCAGAGCUUGAUAGCUCCAACGUAGGUUUCACUUAAUAAAUCAAUAAAAUAGCACUAAGUGGACUUUGCAGCUAGAGCAGGGAAGGGAGCCAUAGGACAAGUUUUUCUUUUUUAUUUUUUUCUUUAAUAAAAAGGCAAUGUGCAAGCAUCAGGAUUUCAAUUAAAGUGCUUUUUUACCCUUAAUACCAGAAAUCCUUACUCUAGAAUAAAGCUGUAAUAACUUUUUAUUACUUUAAACAAAGUCAUUUUUAAGUUUCUGGCUUAACUGAUGAUGCUUAAAGCAUAAAAAUAGCCAAAUUACCUAGAGCUCAUAGGUAAGAAAACAAGAAAUUACUGAUAACCAAGUUUUUUGUAUGUUUGGUAAUUGAUGGCCCCUCACCUAAAAAAAGAGGUGAAUUUGAAGAAAAGCUUUAUCCUUAAACUAGAAUUUCAGAUGCAAAGUUCACGUCACACUUGUUGGUAACAUAAUCAAAGAAAAAAGAGAAUAUCUGAAUUUUAUUUAUGAAAAUAUGUUCAAGGGAUAAUGCAGUGAUUAUAUCUAUUCCAGACCAUUUUUGUGGUGAUGGUCCCUGCUAUAGUACUAUGUUAAAGGGCUACACUUUAACUGCUUAUAUUCUGUAUUUUCAUAUUUUUUUAGUAAAUACAAACUGUUUAUCCACAUGUUGUGUUAGCUGUAAUAUCGAUGCAUUAUUUUCCCCAGCAAUAUCUUGUAAUUUGUUGAUUAAUAACCUACAAAUGAAUAAGAAAAAAAAACCAACCCUUUAUCACAAGAAAAUAUUUUGAAUCUUAAAACAUUCUUGAUCAGACAUCUGAUGGCAGUAGUGGGGUGAAUAUUCUCCAUACUUGGGGAACUGCAGUGAUAGCCCUCAGUUUGGGGACAUUAUCCUGCUUAAAUAGUCACGGGAAUUCUCUGGGCUAACUCUCUAAAGAAGCAAAUCCAAAGUCAAGUCAGAGCUGUUUCCUUGCCGUGAUACUUUUGUGUCUGGCUUUUGGCUCCUUGUCCCAAAGUCCUUGGGGAAGAAGAGACGCAGUGUAAGGAGGUUAGUACUAAUGAAGCGACGCAGGAAAAGGGAAGUGAGGAUGGAGUGGGAGCAGAUGAAUUUCUUUUGCUGGACAGGAAUGUUAAUGUGGCAGCCUGGAAAGGGGUGAUCUUCAGAAGAAAAUAAUGUGAUUUAUAAAUCCUUGCUUUGGCUGUGUGUGUAGAGCUCCCCUUGAAUGGAGGUUGUCAUCAUUUGCCUUUGUGAAAAGGCAUUUUGUCUUUUCCCAUUGCCUGUGAGUAAGGGCACACUGGUUUAUUUAUGCUUAUUUAUCCCUAGUAGCUAAAGAAUCAGGAAAGAUGUUUGUGUUAUUGAAGGGAUGCUAGCUUUAAAGAAGGAAUGGACCUGCCCAUUUCUGGGUGGAUGAGGAGAUUUGGGGUUGAUGCUUUUGGCAUUAAUUGCUGUGGAUCUUAGGUCCCUCCUCUGUUGCUGCAGUUCACGUAUCUGCCAGCACAAGCAUUUUUGGAUGCCUGUACAAUGUCUGAUGUGUUGGGGUUUUCCAUUAAUGUUCUGGCACCCUUGUUCUGGCGUGGGUGCGAGUGUCUGCGAUGAGGUGAUUUCAUCCUCGAACAGGAAAUACGGGAGCAGUUGUAAGUGCUCGGAAAAAGUAAAUAGUCAAGCUCUUGUAUCAGAGGAACUUAAAACAGUUGAGAAAAUCUGUUUCUGCUUUAGAUGGGCAGCAAAGCCCAUCUAGCGGCAAAGUACAGUUCCGAAAUUGGAUGUGACUUGCUUCGGCAGGCAUUACAGUUGUUUUUUUCUUCAUGAUUUGAGCCCCUUCAAACAGUGCAGCUUUAGGAAAUUGACAGUUCCAUUGGUUCUGCACACGAUUUCUUCUGAAGUGUCCCAGAAUUGAUGCUUUAAGUAUCAUUUGCUGAAUAUAAAGGUACUUCGAACUACAUCUCUUCAUGCAAAUCAGUUACGUAUCGUGACUAUGGAAAGAGUUGUGUGUUGGGGUUUGGGUUUCUGGUCAUUUAAUGACAACAUUCUGGUCCCAGUUGUUUUUAUUUUUGUUUUCCUUGUGCUUUGCUAGUUACCUACCUUGCUACCGCAGAUGAAGACGUUGCACUGGAUUCUGUCCAUUUAAAAAAUCAAGAGCAGGCAGCUCUCGUGCUUCAGAAAACUCUUAGUUUUUACACAUGUAAUUUUAUAAUAUUGGAUUUGAAAGGAUGUUUGUGACUUAUUAUUGCUAUUACUCAAUAAAAAUACUAGAAGGUGAAAUUUUUAGAAACAUUUUGGGCAUGAAGGUAACCUGGUUUAAAGACUUUUUUCUCUUAUUUGUUAUGUACAUCUAAAAGGUGAAAAGCCUUUAUUGUAUUCCAGUUCAGCACACUCUACAAAGUAAGUAGAACAUAUCCUUCAUAACUUUAUGGUGCUUUGCAGGUAUUUGCCUAUUGUGAAUGAUUCUUCCAGGCACUUCAUGUGUUAAUGUUAGUGACUAAAUGUAGUCAUCUGCAUAGUAACUGUUUGCUACUAUUUUUAAUCUUUUCUGUAUGAAUGAAAAAUAUCUAUAUUAUAUUUAAAUCAUAGUUUCAGUGGUGCCUACUACUGUUGUGAUGGAGAAGGCUCUGUUGGCUUUAUGGUCGCAUAUAUGCCCUUCUUAUUCAGAAGCUUUACUCUUCCACACACAUUCCUUAAGCUGAUACAUAUACAAUAUUUCAGUAACUGGUGACAUUUUGAAACAUUUUGCCAUAUAAAAAUAUUGGUGUGUGCUUUAAUCCACUCUUGAUGAGAAGGGAUAUUUCAAUGAGAGUACUUUACAAAGAUAGCCUGGUAUAUCCCCAGCCCCACACUGGCCUGUUUGAUAUCAUGACUCAAGCUGUUUUGCCAGCACGGUAUAUUAUUUAUUAAAAGAAUUUUACACCUCUAUAACUUGUUGCCUCUCCCCUAUGGGAACAAAUGCUACAAGUAGAAGCACUGCUCCAGGUGCAUGACAGGAUGCACACAGGGUAGCUGGGCCCCUCUAGUGACACUCAUCCAGUUAGUGGUAAAACUUCUGAUGUGGAUGAGAUCUGCUUUUUUGCAAACAGCACUGCAAGAUCCUGGCUUCCUCAACAGCUUUUGGCUUGUCUUUUAGAAGCUUUGCAGACAAAUUGUACAUUUAAGUACAUGAUCAAAUAUAUCCUCCAUAUGAAUGCAUGUAAAUGUGUCACUGAUGCUUACCUGUAGGCUUUCCCACGCUCAGCUCUGCAAACUGGCCUCAGAAGGAUGAAGUUUAAUGGUGCCAUUUGCAAUCGCUCGGGCUUUCGUUUCCCUGGCUUUGGUCUCUUCCUUGCCACUUCUCGUAGAGUUCUGAAAUCAGGUUUAAAAACUUUCUUUUAAAAGAAAAUUUUGGAAAUGGUGUCAUUAAUUUAGAAAGGUGGUUGGUGUUGCCCACCAGAAGGAAGUACCUUUCAGUAUGUUAGUAUGAAGGCUCUGGAUACAAAAAUAUGCCUAGAUUCAGUGUUGAUUCAUCAUGGCAGCUAAGUACAUCAUUAGCCUUUAUUUAUUUAUUUAUAUCCAGUAAUACUGAGCAGUUUCUUAAAGCCCUGCCCCAAAACCAAUUGGCUAUAAAAGCUUAAAGUAAAACCAGCACUUAACUGCUAUGUUAAAACGAGUGUCUAGACAGACAGAGGCUCUGCUAAACCGAGCCUUUUUCUCACGAUGCAUCUGGAUCUACCUGGGCCUGAGUUCGUUGCCCUGCCCUGGCCGCUGCCCUCCCUGCAGUGCAGAGCUUGCGGAGUGUCCCUCUCGCUUGCGAUCCAGGCCCUUGGUAAAACAGCAGGAUAUCCAGGCAUCUGCAAAGUCACCCUAAAGCAUUAACAUUGCAAAUACUGCAGUGGUGGUUUAUUAGGGUUAAAAGAAUAUAUUUUUAUUAUUUUUAAUUUCUUAAAAACGUGUUUUGAGGUGAUUUAUUGUAUAUUUUAACAAAACCUUAUUAUCAACCGAAGCAAUGUUCAUUCUGUUAAGAAAUAUUUAAAAAAAAACAUUUUGUUCACCUUGCAGUUAGAAAUGUGCAAAGGCAAAUUUUGUUAGCUCAUUCUCAUCUGUGUGAGCACUGUGUCCUGUGACUUAGACCUGCUUUUACAUUUUAAGCAUUUUUAAGUUGCCCGGAUUCCUCUGCAUAUCUAUAUAAGCAUAGUGUAAACUUCAUGGAUUGACACACUGUAGCUGCCUAUAGUAUGCAUAUUUAAAAUAAAUAGGCCAUAUCAAUAUUUAUGUGAGCCUAGUUUAGAGAUCCCCAAUUGUACACUGUAUUUCCUGAAAUCAGUUCUGUUCUUAGAGUGCUUUCUGUUUCCUACAGGGAGAAGAGAAUCUGUAAGUUAGGGCUUAUAAAGAAAGUAAAGGGCUGCUUUUGGUUUGCUGCAAAAGGAACCUUUCCAGGAUUUUCUGCAGCAGUCUAUGAAUAUGGAAUUUGGUUAUUGAAACCUAAAUUGGACGCUAUGCCGGGCUGCUUUUGGAGAAAACUGUUUGUAUUAAUAAGGCGUCGGUCUAGUACCUUAUGCCAGACCAACUGCUGAGAGAAACUUUUUCCUUCAAAUGUGACUUUAAUUUUGCUCUCAUUAUCUGAGGGGGAAAAAAAUGCCCCGGGUUAGAAUUUAAUUUUACUAAAGCAUCUAGUAUGAGCAGAGAGCUGUGAUCUGUGGUUCAGCCUGACUUUGGCUAUCAACUUCCAAACUGUGAAGAUACAAGAGGGGACAAAAAAAAAUAGUGAAACAGGGUUCCUAGAGACUGGCAGUCAGAACAGUGCAACUCUACGUAUUAAAGGUGCAGCAAACUUUUGUCACAAUAAGUCAAAGAAAAGGAGUAAUUGCCUACGCAUAUUUUGCCUUCUUAUGUGUUUAUCAGUUUUCUUAGCACUUUGUCUU